GCAUUGAAGCAAUUCAGAACAGGGAGCAAGUGAUUCGUUUAUGUUUAUCUCCCAUUUAUGCAACACGCUGCAGUUCAACUAAUCCGUGACUAUGAGCAGGAGUCGGGAACAGACCAAUAUGACUAGUUAAAAAUCAAAGUUGGAGAAAAUAGUUUUAUCUGGAGACGUUAGAGUAAAGCUGUACAUGUUGAGCAAAUGUCUGGAUUUAGAGAGUCAAGUCCCUCCCCGAAAAAAACAAAAACAAAACAAAAACAAACAAACAACAACCAACAACUCACACAGAAGAAAAUGGAUUCCUUGCAGUCCUGUCUGACUGACCUGGCAGGCCAGAACCACUGAGGACUUGUAAAAGAGGGGCCAGAUGCAAAAAUGCCAGUUUGGGAAUAAAGAGUUGGCUUUCAUUCUCUGCAUGCAGGCAGACACAACACUGACUGAUCCCAGCCAUCGUAUGCAGGAAGUUCAUUUCAGCCACUUCUACCCAUGAGCUUGUUCUUUUGCUCAUGAUCCAUACCUUACAACCAUAGUCCCUUCUUCACCACCACUGACUGGAGCAACAGCCUCAUUACUUCCGGCAAGACCUUGAUCCAUUGAUCCAUCUCCAUUUCUAUCCUCCCAUUGCUAAUGAACAAGUUCCCAGGUGACAUUGCUGGAAGAAGAGGUCAGACACUUGCACUGCGAAGUCAGGGCACAUGAGGAUAAGGCCCGUCAGUUAAGCAAAGCAGCUGGAGACGUCAACCGCUCGAAGGAGCAGAAAGAUGGAGAACAGCCACAGCUGUUCAAUCAGCUUCACUUUAUUCAGCGGCAGAACUCAGGAGAAGGAGGAUCUGAAGAAGAGAGUCGCUGCAGCUGACAAGUCUCGUCUGAGCAAAUGUGGCCACCUGGAACUGGAGUUGCAGGUGCACGUGAUGCUCCUCAGCCAGGCGGAGGAGCGGCUGAAGGAGGCCAAACGAGAGUCUGAAAGGAGGCACAUGGAGUUUGGAGUACAGAGCAGAGAGAUGAAGAGACUCCAGGGAGAGUUACAAAAAGAGGAGGAAAAGAUGAGGGGCAUCAUUGGAAAGAACAAGGGAUUGAGUACACGCAAUCGACAGCUAAGGCGAACGCUGGAGGAGCUACACAGCAAGUACCAAGUAACAGUGGAGGAGUUGGCAGCAYGUACAGAGAAGGCAAGGCGGUUGGAGGGGCACCUGGAAGAGGGAGAGCUAUCAGAGGGGAAAAUAAGGUCAGUGGCUGCAAGGUUCAUGAAGGAGGUGGCAGAGCUCAGGGAGAAACUCCAGCAGGCUGAUGACCAGAAACUCAGGGCUGAAAGAGAAAAACAUGAUGCACAAGUGCAGGUUGCUACUCUUCAAUCAGAGCUGGAGGCAACAGGACUCAACAAUAUAAAUAUUUGCAAGGAGAGCAAUUUGGUUCUGACAAAUCUUCACCUUUGGAUCUCUGAACAAAGACAUCUCCUGGAAGCUAAUGACACGUUGAAGGCGGAGAUGGGGAGACUCAAAGAGGUGGAGGAUGAGAGGGAGCGAGACCUGGAACGCUUCAAGGCUCAGAUCCGAGACCGGGGCAUCGAGGAAGACAGGAGAACGUGUUCUGCAUGAGUCCUGACUUACCUCCUCCUCCAUAGAGCACCUCUGCRUUCUCAAAGCCCAGUGUGCUGAAUGAUGGAUCCAGGCCUUCGCAAUAGUUGGCCACCUCCAUA